GGAAGAGUAAGAAAUAGGAAGACUGGCAACUCUAAGUAGUUCCAAUACUUAAAUACAAAAAAAUUUAAUAGAUUUUCUAUUUGAUAUUCUAAAUUUACCAAUUCUAUGGGUACAUUUAUACCUUAGAUUAUUUUCCUUGGUAUACACAUAUAUGCAUACUUCGAAAUAAUUUUAUCGACGUCUCGCAAUCACUCUAACAUGAGUUGGAACUAUGCAAACGGUUUAUCUCCAUAUAAUAAUAAAGGGCUUUUAGGAAUACCGGAGAGAUUUGAUACUCCUGAAGAAGUAGAAAAAAAAUGUGCUGAAUUGGUGGAUUGGUUGCUCGCGGCUCAGGGGGGUGUGGUGGUACAUACGGGAGCUGGUAUAAGCACAAGUGCAGGUAUUCCCGAUUUUCGCGGACCGAAAGGUGUAUGGACGCUGGAAGAGAAGGGUGAAAACCCAGUAAUAAAUGUAUCAUUCAACGAUGCCACACCCACGAAAACCCAUAUGGCGCUAAAAGCACUCACACAGCAAGGAUUCAUUCGUUAUAUUGUCAGUCAAAACAUCGAUGGGCUGCAUUUGAAGUCAGGCUUGUCACGUCGUUUCUUAGCAGAGCUUCACGGCAAUAUGUUCGUGGAGCAGUGCAAUAAAUGUAGACGACAGUUUAUACGGUUGAGUGCAGCGACGACUGUGGGUCAAAAGCCUUGUGGCGGUACAUGUCGUUCCGGUGAAAUUGGUGAAAGACGUUUCUGUCGCGGUGGUUUACUUUUAGACAAUGUUCUUGAUUGGGAAGCAGACCUUCCAGAACGCGAUUUAGACAUGGCAUUAAUGCAUUCUACACUAGCUGAUGUAAAUAUAACUUUGGGCACUACUCUUCAAAUCAUCCCAAGCGGAAAUUUACCGCUGAAAAACAAAAAACACGGAGGUAAAAUCAUUAUUUGCAAUCUGCAACCGACUAAGCACGACAAAAAGGCCGAUUUAAUAAUAUCUACCUAUGUGGAUGACAUAUUGGAGAAAGUUUGUAAACGUCUAGGUGUCGAAAUACCCAUGUAUGAUUCUUCCGAAGACCCGACCAGAAUACAAAACGCACAUAACUACGAAUGGACUAUUCCGGUGCAGGCGGUUAAGGAAUUGGAAAUGGAAUUUAAUGCCAAACUGAAAGAGUAUAAAACUGAACGUAAAGCGCAGGCAGAAAGUCUCACAGAGGCGAGUAGUGUUAUGAUAAAUAAAAAACGCAAAAUUAAUUAAUGAUAACGAGCCGACCCUACGUCAUUCAUUCCAACACAGCAUUUAAGUAUUGUCAUUAAAUAGUUUGCAGUUACUACAUUCAUACAUACAUUUCACUAAUAAAUUAGAAAAGUAAUAUCAA